AUGCCGGCGCCGUUCCGCGGGGCGCGGUGUGCUGAGGCCGGCAGGCUCGGAGCGCUGCGCUGCUGCCCCUCUCUCCUGCGGGACCCUCAGGGGGCAGGACAGGGACCCCCAGCACACCGGGGGGGGCUCAGCUGCCGCAUGCCCAUGGGUGUCCCAGGGGAGGGAGGAGCCGAGGGCAGCCCUGGCCGCGGGCUCUCCGGAGCAGGCAGCGGGCCAGCCGGCUCUGGCACCCGGCCCGGAACUCUGUCCUGCCCCUUCACUGUGACUCUGCAAAACACCGGGGCGGAGGCCGUGACGAUGACGAUGGCCGGGCAAGGAGGAAGUAGAGGGGUACGGCUGGGCGCUGCACUGCUCGGGGCAGAGCGCAGGGCUCGGCUGAGCACGACGGAGGAAAGCCAAGGCCGGCCGGCAGCCACAGCCAUGGCAGAGGCCGAGGACAGCAGCAUCCACACCCAGCACAUCUCGGCCGUGCACAACGUGCCCAUGCGGGUCCUCAUCCGGCCCAUCCCGUCAGAGCUGGAGCCGGGAAAGGUGCAGAGCCUGAUGGAGACCCUGCAGGAGGAUCCCGAGCGGGUGCCCCCCAUCGACGUGCUCUGGAUCAAAGGCAGUGAGGGCGGCGAUUACUUCUACUCCUUCGGGGGCUGCCACCGCUAUGCUGCCCACCAGGCACUCCGCCGGGAGACCAUCCCCGCCAAGAUCAUCCCCUCCACCCUCAGCGACCUCCGUACCUACCUCGGCUCCUCCACGCCUCACCUGCGCUAGCCCAGCACCCCGAGGAUGCCCAGCAGCCCCUUCUAUCCCUGUUGGUUCCGAGCCGUGAGCCCUUUAUGAGGAUGUGGUCGGCGUCCCCAGCCCUGGGGAGUCACCAUGGUCCCUCCAGCCGGGAUGGGUCAGGGUUCCCCAGACUCGGAGGGUCCCCGGUCCCGGCAGCCGGGAUGGGUCGGGCUCUCGCCGGUACCGGGAGGCGCCCGGCGGGGCCGGCAGGUGGCGCUGUUGCGCCGCGCUGCGCCGCCCGGAGCCACCGCGCGAACCGGGACGGGACGAACCGGGACGGGACGAACCGGGACGG